GGUAAGCCAAGGACGAUCUUGCUGCACCUGUACAUGUGCUCACUCUGCUAGACCUGUGUGCUUGUGAUGUGCUCACUCACUGACCCGCACAUAGCAACACAUGACGAACACUUACACGAUUCACAAUAGUUUCCUCUCAGUUGAUACUUAGUAGCUGAGUGUAUUCCAAGAGAGCAACCCAUUCUUGUGUUCAGAAUUAAGAACAAAGAUCAAGAUGGUAUAGUAUACAUGUACCUUUUGAUUUUCACACAACAUUGGAAUGUAUGUAGACCUACAUGUUCACCUGAUGCAAAGCCAGAAGAACACUAAAUGUAGCUAGUUCCUGACCACCGCUCUGACCAUGAGUGAGUAUAAUAUUGCCCGGCUCUACAACCCGGUCAAAAGUUGUGGUGAGUCCACGUGUGACGUCCACUUCUACGAGUUCAUCUACUGUGUCGUCGUCCCUGGGACAGUGGUCCUGUUGUUGGCCUUGAUAUUGGCAAGCAUCAUGUGCUGUAAAUCAAACGCUUGCAAGUGUAAAAAGAAAACUACCACGCAAUCUCAAGCAGAUGAGAUUCAAAUGGAAAAUUAUAAUUCUAUUCGCCGUGCUUCUGCUGGCUUACGUCAGAUGUCACACAACCGCGAAACACCUAUCAUGGGCAGCAGAGCAGGUUCUAUGACGCUGGAUCGACCCAACAGACGAGGAAAUAGGUACAGGGACUCCUGUCAGUCUGCACCUGGAACUUUACAGAGGCAACAUAGAGGUCGACAUUAUGAGCAACUGAAUACGGGAUCUUAUUUUCCUUACGCCAAUGACAAUGAGGAGUUGCUAAUGCACCAAUCAAGACACAGCCAACUCACUGAUGUUGAUGUCCCAUGUACACCACCGCCUCCACCAGCCUACAGUCGACAUUCUGAUGUGUUUUCGGGAGCUGACUUUCUUCCGUCCAACGUUCGUGCUAGUGUAAGAUAUGACGACAGCCCAGGUCAAGACGAGGGCAAACAACUUCUUCUGUAGAACGAUCCAUAGGGCCUGGCCGCCCUGACCUCCGCCUAGGAACUCAAGCAGCUACUUUAAUGCCAUCAAUAAAAAACAAUACAGAAAUGGACACUCGACUGUGUUAUUUGUUUAGCUGGCCAUGAGACUUUUAUGUCAGGCACCACUUUCAAUGUCUCUCAAGAAUUCGAUAUCUAUGAAUCUCCAGAACAAUAUAACUAUGUCCUAAAGCUAAUUCUGCGAGGAAAACAACAACUAACAAGGACAAGGAGACAUAAUGGAUAAAAAUAAACAAAACAAGAAAAUAUGGUGAAACUAAGACUAUACCUAUUUCAUUAGAAUAGUUUACGGCAUUAUUUAUUUGUUAAUACUAUACAUAAUAUAAAUCGACUAUGUGGCAAUAUAAUUCAGUAUUGUGUUCUAUAUACAUUGAUUGUGUUCUGUGUAAAUGUGUUUUGGUAUUGCAUGUAGGUCUGUGAAUUUAUUUGGAAUAAAUAUUUCAUUCAUUAACA